GCCUAAUUCCUCGAAGUGACUCGAAGGCACCUCGAACUACUAGGAAGUCAGCACUCACGCCAGCCCGACAAAACUUUCCGUUCUUGGUAUUUACUGUCUAUCGUUGUGUGAAAAAGGGACAGGAAGGGCCUGCUCACGAUCUUCUCAUCCGAGUUUGUUACGUUCUACCGUUCUACGAUAUCCUAACACCCAAGGUAAUCUGCUGCAGUGGCGGGACCAACGAUGAAUUACAUUCAGUUAGAGAAACUUGGCGAAGGUACAUACGCCACCGUCUACAAAGGUCGUUCGCGAACGACUAAUGAGAUCGUCGCACUGAAGGAGAUACAUCUUGACGCAGAGGAAGGGACACCCUCCACCGCCAUCCGUGAGAUUUCCCUCAUGAAGGAACUCAAGCAUGUCAAUAUCGUCCGCCUCCACGAUGUUAUACACACGGAGACAAAGCUCGUCCUUAUCUUCGAGUACUGCGAUCAAGAUCUUAAGAAGUAUAUGGACCAGCACGGCGAUCGCGGAGCGCUUGACCCUAUGACCGUGCGAAGUUUCAUGUACCAGCUCCUGAAGGGCACAUCAUUUUGUCAUGAGAACAGGGUCUUGCAUCGAGACCUGAAGCCCCAGAACCUUCUUAUUAAUCGCAAGGGCGAGUUGAAGCUUGGUGACUUUGGUCUGGCACGCGCAUUUGGCGUGCCGGUGAACACAUUUUCCAACGAGGUUGUCACACUAUGGUAUCGUGCACCAGAUGUACUUCUUGGAUCACGUACAUACAAUACAUCAAUUGAUGUGUGGUCCUGCGGUUGCAUCUUCGCGGAGAUGAUCUCUGGAGUGCCUCUUUUCCGUGGUCGUGACAACCAGGAUCAGUUACUUCAUAUCAUGCGCAUUGUCGGCACGCCAGACGAUCGAGUCCUGAGGAAAAUAGCGACUGAAUCACCCGAAAUUACCCUAAAGCAAUACCCAAGAUACCCAAAGAUUUCCUUUGCCCAAGUGCUUCCUAAGGCUUCUCCACAAGCCCUCGACUUACUUGAACGUCUACUUCAAUUUGAUCCCGCCAAGCGUAUGACGGCCACUGAAGCCCUUUCGCACCCUUACUUUACCUCCACCGUGGCCCCUACAUACGGCCCGAGUUCAACUCCAGGGUCAAUGCCACCCCCUCAAUUCAAUUUUCCUCAUCCUCAUGCACAUGCACAGCAACAGCAACAACAGCAGCAGCAACCCCACAAUCCAAUCCCUCCACCAGGGUCGUCGUCUCAAAUCUCAAUAACCCCGUCGUCAGUCUAUCCACAUGGCCAACAGCAGCCCAUGUACAGUAGUCAAGACGCUGCAAGGAUGCAGGCACAAGUUCAAGCCCAGGCCCAGGCUCAGGCAAUGGCUCAGGCUCAGGCACAUGCCCAUGCACAAGCUCAUAUGAGUCAACAGGUCGCGCCUGGAUACCCUGGAGGGUUUCCUGCGCAGUAUCAGCAACAUGCACGAUAGUACUGCAAGGUUUCUGAUGGUGUAGAAUUUUUUUAAUGUAUUCGAUGUUUCGCCCCUUUGCCUUGUUCCUGUCAUAUGUAUUGUCACCUCGGGGAUAGAAGAAUGUUGUAAUCACUAGUCUUGUAACACAGCACCUGUUUUUACGUUGCAGCCACGAGGAGUAGUCUAUCAUGUCGGUUAGUCCCACAAGGAGAGGUUCCAAAAGAGAGUUGCCCUUUGUAAUUCACAGCAUCUCUGAAGUUGGAGGAUCAUUGAAAUUGAUCUAGAUAGGACAAGUGUCAGGCGGAGCACACGUUUG